AGCGAUCGUAGCAAAUAUAGCCGUCGCGCAAACGAACGACGAGACGAGGAGAGCGAAUUAUCGAAUAGCGUUGACGAGGUUGGUUACGGUUUCGUCGAGAGUGUGCGGCAUUUAUGUAUCAGCCAAGUUGUCAACAGAAGACACAGGUUUAACAAGAAUCCACGGACGCGACAUAAGUAAAGUCGAGCAUGAGACGUAAGAGCGAAAGAAACAAAUCUAAGGCUUCUCCAGAAAAGAAAGUUGAGAAACCAACGAGGAAGUCAACACGUAGACGUAACAGAAGAUCACCAUCCACAUCACCAGAGAAGGAUGUUGAGGAGAAAAUUGCUGUUCCACUGAAAGAAGCUGAGAAUGAGACAAGCGUGCAGACACGUCUGCAGAGUAAAGAAUUGGAACAAUUGUCACAGACAAGUGAGGAAAAAGUGCACUCCAGUAAAACGGAAAAGAUCGCACCGAAAGAGGUUGCAGACGACAACUGCGGUUCAGUAUGGAAAGUAGCUAGAGCUGAUGCAUCGCCUGGUGAGAUACAGAAGCUGAAGCUAUGCAGGCAACGCAACAUAUCUGAAGCAUCAUCUGAUACAGCACCUUCGGGCAGGAACAGUAAUACCAAGUCAAGUGGCAAGUGGCAGGAAAGUGGUGAGGGUGUUGCAGAGGAGGCUGACUCGGCAGAUGAGCAACUGGUUUCUUGUACAAGAAUGCUCAGUAGCCCUGAACAGCCGAUUGAUCCCUCCUCUUCAUACCCAGGUCAGGACUCCAAUGAAGAGGUAAGUGAUAGCAAGGAGAUCCUGCCUGAAACCACUUCAGCCAACUUGUUGUCUGACGAUAAACCAAACAUAGAUCAGCAUGGUGAAUCGAAUGGUGAAUCAAAUGAGACAAAUUGCACUGCUCAAAUCGCUGACAGCGAGCCUGGUAAGCCAUGUAGCGCGACAGCCACGCCGGUUCCUAGCGCAAACGGCGAUUAUGCUUGCGAGAAGACCACCGUUCCCGAAGUCACCGUUCCCGAAGUCACCGUUCAGGAAGAUAAAUCUACAGAAGAUAUUGGUGAAAAAGCCACGGAAACGUUUAGCAAAGAAACUAGCGUAGAUAACGCUCGUAGAGACUCGAGUAGCGAAGAAGACGAGGAUGAUAAAACGAAAACGGAACCCCCGGCGGACUCGUCAUCCGACUCGAAUGACGAGUCACGCACUAAGAGAAGAGAGAGAACGAGUAGCGACCGAACAUCGCCACGCGCGAUUCGUAGGAAACCUCGAAACAAGUACAGAGACUCGUCAAAUUCUGAGACGGCCGAUUCCGAGGAUGAAUCUGUCAACAGAAAAGUCUCGGAGACGUAUAACGAGGAAAUGGAGGAAAGUGAGGAACAGAGAAGGGGUUCUGAAGAAAAUAACAAGGAACAAUCGGUAUCGCAGUGUAGUAUCGCUAACUCCGAAGCGAAUAACGUUGAAAAGAUGGACACUGAGCAUUGCGAAAUUGUUCAAGAUAAACCGGAAGAGAAUGCAAGUGAAAAAUUGGAACAAAUUGCCCCGGCGAAUACUCAGACGGUCGCUCAUAAGCCCGUUAAAGUUAACUUGAAGAGAUCAUUUUCGACAAGGAUACAAUCCGAAAAAAACGAAGAGAAAAAGGACGACACUGAUUCAAAUGUCGAUAAUGAGUUCAACAGUCAAAAUAAGGAAAACGGCAACGAGCAAGAACCAAAAUGUGUGGCAAGAAAACGUCGUUGGGGGACGGCGCUUUCCACGGAUACCGCACCUUCAUUUUCCAUUUCGACCGAUUCACUUAAAGCAAUAGUGCCGGGCGCAAAACCGUUAUCUAUCAACGAAGUUCGUCUUUCCAAAGAGGACGAUGAGGACAGAGAUCGUCACAGAAGUAACGACAAGCGGUACAAUUCCAGUGACAAUAUAAGCGAUAAGACAGCGGAUGAAAAUGCGCAAAAAAAUAGCGCGGCUAAAAAGGGCAAUGGAAAAGUGGACAAUCAUAUCGCGGCGAGACGAAAGAUAUCGAUCAUGAAGGAGACAUCGAGCCUGAAAUCGCCGAGUCCGCCGGCGUCUAAACCUACUAAUAUCCUUUUGAUCAAGAAUCUAGUUCGCCCUUUCACUCUGAAUCAAAUUAAGGAACUUCUCUCACGUACCGGUACCAUUGUGGAAAACGGAUUCUGGAUGGAUCGAAUUAAGUCCAAAUGCAUUGUUCAGUAUUCCAACGAGGAUCAAGCCUUUGAAACGAGGCAGGCGCUUCACGGGAUUUCCUGGCCUAUGUCCAAUCCAAAAAAACUUCACGUGGAAUACGCCACGAAAGAGGAUUUGGAAGCAGCACGGGAAUCGUCAAAGGAACAGCCGGUCGCUCGCAAGACCGAGCUACUCUCAUCAGAUACGUGGCAGCAGGAUUGGGGUCGCGACGAGAAAACCAAUACUACUAAGGUCACUGUGGUGAGAGAGUGGGACUUGGGCAAGGAGGAUGGCCAGCAACAUGUCAGGGAAAAGGAGCGCGAGAAGAAAGAACACGAUAAGAAGCGACGAGCGAGGAGUCGAAGCCCGGCGUUAGACGCACAUUUGUCGGCACCAGCUCGCAAGUUCAAGAAGAAGGAGGACGACCCGCCACCGGCCAAACUUCUUGACGAUCUUUUCAGAAAAACAAAGGCUAUGCCUUGCAUAUAUUGGCUACCACUUACAAAUGAGCAGAUAGUUGUUAAAGAGGAGAUGCGUCGGCAACACAUGGCGGAACACGCGCGCAGGCUAGAAGAAAUGAGACGUGCUGAUAGGGACAGAAACAGGGACAGAGAUGCCCGACGUCGACGUAGUCCAAGAAAAUAGACCACCUUUGGAAAAAAAGAACUUAUUUUUCCUCCCUUGAUCCAACCUGAAUUUAAAUGCAGUUUCAGUCGACUCAUUCCAUCUCCUAUGUCAGUCUUGUCUUCUUAACUAACAUGUUUUAUUAUUUAUCACAUGUGCGUUUCUUUUUUUUUUUUUUUCAGUUCUUUUGUUCGAGAAUAUUUGAAGUCAUCUUCAUUAUGUUCUUGUUCUGAUUUAUGUCUCUCUAGCAAAAACAAAAAAGAGUAAAAUCUUUAAUAAGCAAUAUUCGAGUAUUCUAUUUAAAACAAUGAUUUUUGUUGAAUUUUCUCUUGGUUUUUCUCGUUUUUUAAUGCUUUUCUUCGUAUUUGGUUCAAUUCGAAUCAAAUUUCAAGUUAGACGAUGUUGUCAUCCAAACGCAUAAAUCCCAAGAGUCCUUUUGAUUCCACGAUAUGAUUCCUCUCCUCAUGGAUCAACAUUAAAACGUACUUCUUACAGGUCAACAUUUGUAUGUCCCACAGAGAGCCAAUAAUUGUAGAUCAGAUGCGGUAUAAUGGCAUUGUUACCGUCAAUUGUUCUCGGCAGAGACGAUACUUAUUCGCAUCCUUACGUCGUAUUGAAACCACAUGUGAGAAAGAAAGAGAAAAAGAGAG